AUGCUGUGGAAUCGUGGAACUGACACUUUAUCUUGUGAUGUUGAUUUAGGAGUUGAAAUGAUAGAGCCAUUUACUCGAAGAAAGUUACUUUCCGUUGCACAAAGAGUAUUUGAUCCGAUCGGGUUUUGCUGUCCUGUAACAUUGUAUCCAAAAUUACUUCUUCAAGAAAGCUGGAAGUCAAAACUCGGAUGGGAUGACGAACUAUCAACAGAUGUAACUGAAAAGUUUAAGAAGUGGUUUAAGGACCUUCAUCUUUUGAAGGUGGUUGAAAUUCCAAGAUAUAUGUCAAUCGACAACUGUGUAUCAAUCAGUCUUCAUACAUUCUGUGAUGCAUCUAAAUUGUCUUUCGCAACAGUCAUUUUCUUAAGAAGCGAAAGUAAAGAUCAAGUGUCAGUGCAAUUGGUGCUUGCUAAAUCAAGAAUUGCACCAUUGAAAACGAUGUCAAUCCCUAGGCUGGAAUUAAUGGCAUGCACAAUAGGCGUACGUCUCACUGAUACAGUAAAAAGAGCUUUAAGUAUCCAAGACAUUGAAGAAUAUUAUUGGACGGACUCGACUUCAGUGUUGUAUUGGAUAACUCAUGAAGAUACAUGGACUGUGUUUGUAAAAAAUCGAGUUAAGGAGAUAAGGAAAUUGUCUGACCAAACAAAGUGGCGACAUGUGCUAGGUUCAGAGAAUCCUUCGGACUUACCUUCAAGAGGUUGCUCAGUGCACAAACUGAUAGAAUCUCGUUGGUGGGAGGGUCCUCAUUGGCUGAAGUUGCCGAAAGAAGAAUGGCCUCAUUCUACUUUAAUUGAUGACACAGAAAAAGCUGACAGUGAGAGACGCAAGGUAGUUGCAACGGCAUUAAAUAAUGUCAAGGACUUUUCUUCAAAAGUUUUCAGCUACUUUUUGACAUACAAGAAAAAUCUAAGAAUGAUGGGAUGGAUAUUAAGGUUCUUAGAAAAUUCCCGUAAGAAAAGAGAAGAAAGACAGCAUGGAGAGCUUAAAGUUCGUGAGCUAGAAAAGGCUGAAAAAGAUUAA